AUGGACUCUUACGAUGAUAUGAACCGUGUUUUAAUUACCGACGAUGUUGAUACACAAUGUGUGGAUAUGUUAAAGGCAAAUGGAUUUUUAGUAGAAAAAGAUAUUAAAUUAGCAAAACAACCAAAAGAGGAGCUGAUUAAACGUGUUCAAGAAGUGGAUAUUUUAAUAGUUCGAAGUGCAACAAAAGUAACAAGCGCCAUCAUUGAAGGAUCACCUCGUUUGAAACUGAUCGGUCGCGCUGGUACAGGUACAGAUAAUAUCGAUACCGACACAGCUACCCGUCAUGGAAUUCUAGUCAUGAACACGCCUGGUGGAAAUACUCUUUCAGCAGCUGAACACACUUGUGCUUUGAUUUGUUCGUUAGCAAGGAGUAUUCCAAAUGCUUGUACUUCAUUGAAAUCAGGUGCUUGGCAACGAUCAACAUUUAUGGGCGAAGAAUUAAAUGGAAAAACAUUGGCGAUUAUUGGUCUAGGAAGAAUUGGACGUGAAGUAGCUAAACGAAUGCAAUCGUUCAAUAUGAAGACUAUUGGCUAUGAUCCAAUUAUCACUGCCGAACAAAGCUUAACAUUUGGGGUAGAAUUUUUUGAACUAAAAGAUCUUUGGCCAUUAGCAGAUUAUAUAACCGUUCAUGUUCCAUUGAUAACAGAAACACACCAUUUAAUCAAUAGUGAAGUAUUAUUAUCGUGUAAGAAAGGUGUUAAACUAGUCAACGUUGCUCGCGGAGGAAUCAUCGAUGAGAAGGCACUUCUCGAUGCACUCAAUGCUGGUCAAUGUGGUGGUGCAGCUUUGGAUGUCUUCGAAGAAGAACCACCUGUUGAUUUAAAAUUAGUUCAACAUCCUGGUGUCAUUUGUACACCACAUUUAGGUGCAAAUACACGUGAAGCACAAAAACGUGUUGCUAUUGAAUUAGCUCAACAAAUCAUUGAUUUCAAACAAGGUCAUUCAUUAAUUGGAGUAGUCAAUGGAUCAGCUGUGACAUCACAAUUCGGUCAAGGUAAUCGACCUAUUCUUUUACUUAGCAAACGAUUAGGACAAAUUAUUGGUGCAUCAUCGUCGUCCACACCAACACAUAUAUCACUGUCAUUUAAUCAUACCGUUUCAAGUCAUUUAUUUGAAGCACUCUCCAUCUAUUUCUCAUACGGUUAUUUACAUGAACAAGGCAAUAAACGUGUCAAUUUUGUUAACGCUCGUCAUUUAUUCGAAGCAAAGAUAGAAAUGGUUGUUGAUAAAAAUCAAGAACUGAAUAAUGUCUUAGUCAUUCGUGUCACAGGUGAUAGUGGAAUUAAAGAAUUAUCCGGUAUCGUUUGCGGUGAUCAUCUCUGGUUAAACAGUGUGAAUCAAUGUCGUUUCAUCGCUCAUGUUCCGCUUGACGAUGAAAAAACACAUGUUGUGGUUCAACCAAUACAAGGAUCAUUUGUUGACCAUCUUCGUGAUAAUACAUCGAAGUAUCAAAAUCGUAUAUCAGCCGUAUUUGACACAGUUUCUCAAACAGGAAGCAAUCAGGAUCAACGGUGGUGUGCAUUACUUUUAUAA